AUGCUGCAUGGGCAUGAGCGUUCCAUUACACAAAUCAAGUACAACAGAGAUGGUGACUUGCUGUUUUCCUCUGCAAAGGAUACAAAACCAAAUGUCUGGUACUCAUUAAAUGGAGAAAGACUUGGUACUUAUAAUGGCCAUGGCGGUGCUGUUUGGUGCAUUGAUGUUGAUUGUAUCCUUGAGGAAAUUACUUUGUAAUAAUAGCCAUGGAAAGUCUAAAUUUUUACUGCUUUUACUUGUAUGUCUUCGUCAAGUUACAGAUUGCAAGGGUGUGCAGUGGUUAAUCACGGUGCUAUAUCCUGAUGAUCUAACCAAUCCAAUGUCAGGCCUCAAAUUGGGCACAUUAUUUUGUUAAAGCCUAAAAUUUGAAUUUUUUUAUUCUGGUCCUUUUUAAAUACCUGCAUGUACAAAUGUACAGCUGUAGGUUGGUCAUACAGUUGUGUCGGACGAUCACAUCCAGAACACAUCUGUUUCAUCUGGGCUUUUAUUUAAAUGUUUUAAUUAGCUUAGUUAGAUGGAGAGUUGCAUCAGGCCUCACAAAAGUUUACAGUUUGUUGACCAACCAUUUGAGGUGAAUGUUGACCUAGGACAAUCACUUCCUUAUUAACGAUCCUAAAUGAUUGUGAGUGGUAAAUAAAAUUAAGGCUCUGUUUGCACUACGGCGAAAAUUAACGUUUGACGUGUGCAAAAAAAUUGAAAAUUUUGUAAAAACCACUUUUUUGUUUUCGCAUUAAUUCUUGUUCACAUCUAAGACAAGCGAAAUAUUUUUGUAUAACCAGAAAUGUCAAUUAAAGGAACUUUAAUUGAUCUUGUUCUUGAAAUAAGAUGACCUGAGCAGUGGCAGAUCCAGGGGGUCCAGACCCCCCUAUCAGACCUGACGCUUGUUUAAGUUUGAAAUUGUUACAAUGUACAUAGACAGGAUCAUGUAUCACUUUUUAACUAGCUGAUUUUUGUAAUGAAGAGCGUGUUGCAUUUGCCACUAACUGAACUAAAUUCCAAAGGUAUUCAAAAAUGUAAUUGUUUUUGGGUAUCCUCCUAUGACCUUUUUUCCUCUGAUCUCAACAGCGACUGGCAUUCACAGAUUGAGAAACACGUGGCCGUCUCUGUUUUCUCAGCUGGUCGACAAUUAUGGCGACGACAACUCAGCCGACAGCCCCUUUCUAUCAACCAGUCAAAUCCAGUGAAAUUGAAAAUCAAAUAGUUAAUGCUGAAGAAGCUGAAGCCAUGGAAGCUGAUGAUAAGUUGUUUUAUGCUUUUAUUCCAUUUCCUGGGAAAUGUUAGUCACUAUGGAGGGAGGAGGUGUGGUGUUGUGAGGGAGAAGUAAUUUGCCACAAAAGUUCAACAGUCCUUUCUGAACCAAACUUUGGACCGCCCCAAUAAAAAUUUCCUGGAUCCGCCCCUGCCCAAGAAAGGAUAGCUGUCAAGGAACAAAUAAUUUUUGUCGCCUGACAGAAAAUUGUAGGCCAGGCCUCCACGUGUUCUUGACAGCAUCUUUGUAGUUUGGUGACAGUCGAGAAAAGUUUGGUUGGUGAAAAAAAUUGUUUGCACUAGAAAUGGCUUCCUGUUGACAGAUUUUUUUGCAAAACAAUCAAAAUCUUUUGUAGUGCAAACAGGACCUACAGUGCAUGAAAUCUGUAUGCAGUGUAGCUGUUUAUGAUGGUAAGUCAAAGACAAGCCAUUAUAAAUAAUUAUAGCCCAUGCACAUUGGACACAAAAGUUUUAUUGUACAGUUAUGAAGUGUGAAAUAAAACAAUCAGAGAGAUUUGUAUCAUUAAUUAGUUGACCAGGAGUUUGUUUCUGAGGUAACUUCUAGUUGGUUUUCAUUGGGGUUUAAAGAGGUGUACAUGUGACCCAUGUAGUCAGGUCUAUCAAUUCGUCAUAACGUUGUUAAUAGGUUAAGUGAAUUUUGCAACAAUGCAUAAACAUGGCUGUACUUCCUUAACUUGUGACAUCCUAUCCUCAGGGGAAACAAAGCAUUUCAUCUCAGGAUCAGCUGAUAACAGCUUAAGAUUCUGGGAUUGUGAAACAGCCACAACGUUAUCCAAAUAUGAAACAAAAACCGCUGUUAGGGCAUGCGGCUUCUCUUUUUGUGGUAAACAAAUAAUGAUGACAACUGACAGACAGAUGGGCCAUGAAUGCAUUCUCAUGUUAUACGAUGUCAGAGAAGGUGAGCAUGCUAAUCUUGUACAGCAGGGUAAUAAAGUCCUGUUUAGUCAUUAGUUGUACAAUGCAACUAUAAUUUACAUAAUGUACAGUACCGCUCAAAAGUAAGUUACCAGUCACUUUUCAUUUCCUGAGCGACAAGAAUCGCGUGGCAGGAGAAUCAUUGAAGCAGUGCAAUUUUUGGCAUACAUGUAACUUAUUGACAACACGUCCGGCAAAAAACCGACUAAUUUCGUGUAGCAUUGCCUUGAAAACUAAAGAAAACAGUGGUUAAAUUUUGGAUAAAUUUAAGUUUUUAUAGGUACUUAUUGCACAAUAUUAUGUUGUAACAUGACCU